UCGUUUGAAGCUUAAACACAUCUUUCUUCAACAAGAAGUCAAGAACCAACAAAACAAAUGGAUCCGAAGGAGCUUCCGUCCAACGUAAGAGACGACGAGAUAAGUGAAGAAACCAAGAAGUUGAUCUCUUCGCUUCCUUCACGCAUAGAUUACCAAGGGAAUAAGAUUUGUAAAUAUCAAGGAUGUUGGUACUUUUACAACACCCUCCAAGGUGUUCUCAAUUUCCAGAGAGGUUUUCAACCGCAAGACACUGAUAUAAUCCUUGCUUCCUAUCCCAAAUCAGGCACUACUUGGCUCAAGGCCCUCACAGUCGCUCUCCUUGAGAGAUCUAAGAAACAUUCUUCUGAUGAUGCUGAUCACCCUCUUCUAUAUGAUAAUCCUCAUGGCAUUAUACCAUUCUUGGAGAUCGAUGUGUACUCCGAAAGCUCAAGUCCUAACCUAGCCAAGUUCUCAGCACCUCCGAGGCUGUUCUCGACUCAUAUGCCACUGCACACAAUCCACCGCGAAGCCCUCAAGCACUCUCCUUGCAAGAUUGUGUACGUGUGUAGGAACGUGAAGGACACGUUGAUUUCGUGUUGGUUUUAUAGCAGUGCUAUUUAUAAAAUUGAACCAACCAGAAGCGUUCUCGAGUCUAGGUUUGAAGAGUUCUGCAAUGGAACUAACUAUUUUGGACCUUUUUGGGAACAUAUAUUGAGUUACUGGAGAGGAAGCUUGGAAGACCCCAAUUAUGUCCUUUUCAUGAGGUAUGAGGAAAUGAAAGCCGAGCCUCGUGAUCAGAUCAAGAGACUUGCGGUCUUCUUGGGUUGUCCUUUUACUAAGCAAGAAGAAGAUAGUGGAUCUUUGGACAAGAUCUUGGACCUUUGCUCUCUGCGUAAUCUGAGAAGUUUGGAGGUUAACAAAACAGGACAGUCCAUAAACAAUGUGGAGCACAGUUUUUUUUUCCGUAAAGGGGAAGUCGGUGACUCGAAAAAUUAUCUUACACCUGAAAUGGAGAACAAGAUAGACAUGAUCAUCCAAGAAAAAUUGCAAGGUUGUGGUUUAAAAUUUUAGAGUUUUAUGGAUUGUGUUUUCUUUGAUAUGAUGCAGCAUAA